GACCUUUGGUCUGACCCAGUACGGCCGUUCUUAUGUUCUUAUGAAAACAAAGUGUCUGGAAUAUCAAGGUUCCUCAUUUUGUCAGUAUUAGGGGUAGGAGAUUUUUACCGAGGAAAGACUACUUACCCAAUAGAUCCAAACAUCCAUCUAACGGAAUGGAAAACUUGCAAACCAUCAGGGUAUCAAGUGCUCCAUGUUCAUAGUCAAAACUCAGUGGGGAACAGUCACCAGCCCAUUUAGUAGAGAUUGGAAAUCACCUGAAUAUUAAUUUAUGUUUAGGAGCACUUUUGUAUAAACACCUUACAUUCCAUGCCUGCAAUUAGCUGUCACUGUGCUCAGGGGUUUGCUUGCUUCUCAGAGGUGUAAAAUUAUGGUCUACUUAUAAAUAUUAAACAUUAGAUUUUUUUUCUAGCUUACCAGCCUGAUUUAGAGGAAGGAAGAGGUAUAAGGUCUAGCGGAGAAAUCACUCAAUUGGGACUCAACGGAUCUGGCUACAAUGGGAGUUCAUUCAUAUAUUUUAAGGCCAGAAGGGAUCAUUAUAAUAACUUAGCUUCCAGUUCAUUGUACCCAGGGGCGGCCUGAGGCAGGUUGCCGGCAGCUGGCGCCCCGGGUGGAAUGCGUGAUCGGUUCCCCCAUCUCCACAGCCCUCAAUGGCGUGAUGUCAUCAUUGGGCGCCCUGUUUAACGCGGCACCCUAGGCGAUGGCCGAGUCGGCCUAUACAUCCGGGACACCCCUGAUUGUACCACUGAAUAUAGACGCUGCGCUAAGGCAAUACAAUGAUGGAUAUUUAUAACCAGAUGCAAAUGGUGUGUGUGUGUGUGUGUGAGUGUGUGUGUUAAUCACUAGUUUAACAUCUGCAAGAAUGUUUGCAAAGCAGAUCCUCAGCCCUUUCUUAAUAGCAAGUUUCUCACGACACCGCUGUAUCGAUGCGGCUGUACUACUAUAAAUUUGCUUAUGUAGCUGCUUGAUGCUGACUGGAAAGAGCUCUCCUUUUGACCUAACAACAUCACUUCAGUGAGUAGUGGUAGGUAUUUUGGCAGGAGAUGCAGUCCCCCCAACAUAGCACUGUGCAGCGUAGAAACAGUCUUUGUAAAAAUAUUGUUUUAUCUGCCUCCACCUGAUCUGUUUAUGUACCAGCACAGUAGAAGUGGCUCUUAUUUCUAAUCUGUGUUUCAUUUCUUGCUAGAUGGCUGUGGUGUCCCAACGAGGUUAAGCUUUGCUGAGCUGAGGAAUGAAUAUAAAAAUAUGAACCACUUUAUCAUUGGGGCGAUUGCAAAAUACACUUGCCGGCCUGGAUACAUCAGACACCCAGGGAUGUCUUCCAGUGUUACAUGCCUUGAAAAUGGAAGGUGGUCAGAAGCCUCUGAGUUCUGUAAAAGGAAAUCGUGUGGUCAUCCAGGAGAGCUGGAGAAUGGCAGGAUUAGACUAAAUGAUAACAUGUUUGGGUCAGUGGUCAACUUCACGUGUGACGAAGGGCACCGGAUGAUUGGAAAGUCUUCCAGACGAUGUGUGCUUUUCGGCGUGCGCGUUGCAUGGAGCGGUGAGCUGCCCUUUUGCGAGCGUAUUCCGUGUCUUCCCCCUCCAGACAUCCCCAAUGGAACCCACAAUGGGGUAUUAAUGGAUGAAUUCUAUUAUGGGACAGCUAUAACUUACAAAUGUGACAAAGACUACCCGCCAACUGGAGAGACCUCUAUUUACUGCACAACCAAAGAUGGGCUAAAUGGAGUGUGGAGUGCACGUCCUCCUCGGUGUGGAGAGGUUAGGUGCCCAGUCCCACACAUCCCGAAUGGAAGAAAAGUAUCUGCCGAUAAAAGCAUCUAUUCCUAUAAAGACAAUGUGACCUUUGAGUGCAAUCCUGGCUACAAAAUGAAGGGUCCCAGAGUGAGCCAGUGCCAAACUGAUCAGACGUGGGAUCCGCCUGUGCCAGUCUGCGAGCAAGUGGAGCAAUGCCGCUCUCCUCCACGCAUUAGGAACGGACGGCUCAGCAGCCAGGUCUCAGAUGUCUUCACCAGUGGGAUGUCUGUGAAGUACCAGUGUAAUCCUGGCUACUUCCUUGUUGGGGAGGCAUCACUCCAUUGUACAGCAUCCGGAGCCUGGAGCAACCCCUUCCCUCAAUGUGAAGCGAGGUGUGUAAACCCAGAACUGGAGAAUGGCAGAACGAAUGGGGCACUGGCCCCCUACAGACCUGGAGCUGUCGCGAUGUUCAAAUGCGAGCCUGGUUACAUCUUGCGUGGGAGCGCUGAGACUCGGUGCCAACGUGAUGGUAGCUGGGAUCCUCCUGUCCCCAUCUGUGAAAGAGAGGUUCUCUGCAUGGCCCCAAAAAUCCAGCAUGGAAGACAAGUAGCUGGACAUGGCCCUGUCUACAGACCCAGGGACAGGGUGAGUUUUGAAUGUGAUCCUGGCUACACGCUGGAUGGCAGCCGGCAGAUUGAGUGCAAAGGAAAUGCAACCUGGGAUCCCCCUGUUCCAGUCUGCAUACAACCCUUGCCAUGUCUCCCACCACCGGUCAUUCGCCAUGGGAAGCACGAUGCCAAUCCUUUGGCAGCUUUCCCCAGUGGAACGUAUGUUAACUACAGCUGUGAGCCCGGCUACGCCCUCCGAGGAGAGGCUUCUAUCUAUUGUACCACAUCUGGAACGUGGAGCCACCCCUCUCCUCUAUGUGAAGAUGGCUGUGGUGUCCCAACCAGGUUAAGCUUUGCUGAGCUGAGGAAUGAGUAUAAAAAUCAGACUAACUUUGUUAUUGGGGCAACUGCAAAAUAUACUUGCCGGCCUGGAUACAGUAGACACCCAAGGAUCCAACCCAUUAUUACAUGCCUUGAAAACAGAAGUUGGUCAAAAGCCCCUGAGUUCUGUAAAAGGAAAUCGUGCGGUCAUCCAGGAGAGCCGGAGAAUGGCAGAGUUAUUUUAACCGAAACCGAGUUUGGGUCAACGGCCAACUUCACGUGUGAUGAAGGGCACCGGCUGAUUGGAUGGCCUUCCAUACGAUGUGUGCUUUUCGGCCUGCGCGUUGCAUGGAGCCGUGAUCUGCCCACUUGUGAGCGUAUUCUGUGUAAUCCCCCUCCAAACAUCCCCAAUGGAAAGCACAGUGGGGUGUUAGUGGAUGAAUUCUCUUAUGGGUCAGCUGUAACGUAUGCAUGUGAUAACGGUUACCCGUUGACUGGAGAGGCCUCUAUUUUAUGCACAACGGAGGACGGACUAAACGGAGUGUGGCGUCCACGUGCCCCUUGGUGUGGAGAGGUUAGGUGCCCUGCCCCACACAUCCUGAAUGGAAGAAGAGAACCCGCAGAUAGACGUGUCUAUUCGUAUAAGGACAGCGUGACCUUUGAGUGCGAUCCUGGCUACACCAUGAAGGGUCACAGGGUGAGCCGGUGCCAGACAGAUCAGACGUGGGAUCCACCUGUGCCAGUCUGUGAGCGAGUGACAUGCGUGAGCCCAGAACUGGAGCACAGCAUAACAAAUGGGGCUCUGGCCCCCUACGGCCCUGGAGACGUCGCGGUGUUGGAAUGCGAGCCUGGUUACACCUUGCGAGGCAGCUCUCGGCCUCGGUGCCAAAACGAUGGUAGCUGGGAUCCUCCUGUCCCCAUCUGUGAAAGAGUGACAUGCGUGAAACCAGAACUGCAGAACGGCAAAACGAAUGGGGCGCUGGCCCGCUACGGCCCUGGAGACGUCGCAGUGUUGGAAUGUGAGCCUGGUUACACCUUGCGUGGGAGUUCUCGACUUUGGUGCCAAAACGAUGGUAGCUGGGAUCCUCCUGUCCCCAUCUGUGAAAGAGUGACAUGCAUGAGCCCGGAACUGGAGAACGGCAGAACGAAUGGGGCGCUGGCCCCCUACAGCCCUGGAGACGUCGCGGUGUUGGAAUGCGAGCCUGGUUACACCUUGCGUGGGAGCUCUCGGCCUCGGUGCCAGAGUGAUGGGAGCUGGGAUCCUCCUGUGCCCAUCUGUGAAAAAGUGCUGCACUGCCCCUCCCCUCCACUCAUCACCAACGGGAAGCCCGACAGCCAGGCCCUGGCAGUAUUCAGCAGUGGAGUGUCUGUAAAUUACAGCUGUGAGCCCGGCUAUUCCCUUACCGGGCAUGCAUCUAUUCACUGUACAGCAGCUGGAACAUGGAGCCCUGCGGCCCCUCGGUGUGAAGAGGUCCUGUGCGUGGCCCCAGAAAUCCAGCAUGGACAGCUAGUAGAUGGACGUGGCCCUGUCUACAAACCCAGGGACAGGGUGAGUUUUAAAUGUGAUCCUGGCUUCACCCUGGAUGGCAGCAGGCAGAUUGAGUGCGGAGAUGAUGCAACCUGGGAUCCCCCGGUUCCAGUCUGCAUACAACCUGUUGGCUGUGGUGUCCCCACAAGGUUAAGCUUUGCUGAGCUCAGGAGCGAGUAUAGAAAUCAGUCCUACUUUCCUGUUGGGGAGACUGCAAACUAUACUUGCCGGCCUGGAUACACUAGAUACCCUGGUAUUCGACCCACUAUUACAUGCCUUCCAAAUGGAACGUGGUCAGAACCACUCGAGUUCUGUAACAGGAAAUCGUGCGGUCAUCCAGGAGAGCUGGAGAACGGCAGAAUGAAUGUCACAGAUAUACUGUUUGGGUCAAUGGUCAACUUCUCGUGUGAGGAAGGGCACCGGUUGAUUGGAGAGUCUUCCCGACGAUGUGUGAUUUCUGGAAUGCGUGUCGCGUGGAGUGGGGAAAUGCCCUUUUGUGAGCGUAUUCCGUGUAAACCCCCUCCACAUAUUCCCAAUGGAAAGCACAAUGGGGAUUUAAUGGAUGAAUUCUAUUAUGGGUCAGCUGUAACUUACACAUGUGAUAACGGUUACCCGACAACUGGAGAGGCCUCUCUUUUAUGCACAACCGAGGACGGACUAAACGGAGUGUGGCGUCAACCUGCCCCUCGCUGUGGAGAGGUUAGAUGCCCAGCCCCACAGAUUGAGAAUGGAAGACGAGAACCUGGCGAGCGCCGUGUCUAUUCGUAUAAGGACAGCGUGACCUUUGAGUGUGAUCCUGGCUACACCAUGAAGGGUCACCGGGUGAGCCGGUGCCAGACAGAUCAGACGUGGGAUCCACCUGUGCCAGUCUGUGAGCGAGUGACAUGCGUGAACCCAGAACUGGAGCACGGCAGAACAAAUGGGGCGCUGGCCCCCUAUGGCCCUGGAGACGUCGCGGUGUUGGAAUGCGAGCCUGGUUACACCUUGCGUGGGAGCUCUCGGCCUCGGUGCCAGAGUGAUGGGAGCUGGGAUCCUCCUGUGCCCAUCUGCGAAAAAGUGCUGCACUGCCCCUCCCCUCCACUCAUCACCAACGGGAAGCCCGACAGCCAGGCCCUGGCAGUAUUCAGCAGUGGAGUGUCUGUAAAUUACAGCUGUGAGCCCGGCUAUUCCCUUACCGGGCAUGCAUCUAUUCACUGUGUGUUUCUGUUCUUGCAAGUUGGCUGUGGUGUCCCCACAAGGUUAAGCUUUGCUGAGCUCAGGAGCGAGUAUAGAAAUCAGUCCUACUUUCCUGUUGGGGAGACUGCAAACUAUACUUGCCGGCCUGGAUACACUAGACACCCUGGUAUUCGACCCACUAUUACAUGCCUUCCAAAUGGAACGUGGUCAGAACCACUCGAGUUCUGUAACAGGAAAUCGUGCGGUCAUCCAGGAGAGCUGGAGAACGGCAGAAUGAAUGUCACAGAUAUACUGUUUGGGUCAAUGGUCAACUUCUCGUGUGAGGAAGGGCACCGGUUGAUCGGAGAGUCUUCCCGACGAUGUGUGAUUUCUGGAAUGCGUGUCGCGUGGAGUGGGGAAAUGCCCUUUUGUGAGCGUAUUCCGUGUAAACCCCCUCCACAUAUUCCCAAUGGAAAGCACAAUGGGGAUUUAAUGGAUGAAUUCUAUUAUGGGUCAGCUGUAACUUACACAUGUGAUAACGGUUACCCGACAACUGGAGAGGCCUCUCUUUUAUGCACAACCGAGGACGGACUAAACGGAGUGUGGCGUCAACCUGCCCCUCGCUGUGGAGUGACGUGCGUGAGCCCGGACCUGGAGAACGGCAGAAUGAACGGAGCGCUGGCCCCCUAUGGCCCUGGAGACGUCGCGGUGUUGGAAUGUGAGCCUGGUUACACCUUGCGAGGGAGCUCUCAGCCUCGGUGCCAAAACGAUGGUAGCUGGGAUCCUCCUGUCCCCGUGUGUGAAAGAGAGGUCCUGUGCGUGGCCCCAGAAAUCGAGCAUGGACAGCUAGUAGAUGGACGUGGCCCUGUCUACAGACCCAGGGACAGGGUGAGGUUUGAAUGUGAUCCUGGCUACAACCUGGAUGGCAGCCGGCAGAUUGAGUGCGGAGAUGAUGCAACCUGGGAUCCCCCGGUUCCAGUCUGCAUACAACCUGGUGUGUUUCUGUUCUUGCAAGUUGGCUGUGGUGUCCCCACAAGGUUAAGCUUUGCUGAGCUCAGGAGCGAGUAUAGAAAUCAGUCCUACUUUCCUGUUGGGGAGACUGCAAACUAUACUUGCCGGCCUGGAUACAGUAGACACCCUGGUAUUCGACCCACUAUUACAUGCCUUCCAAAUGGAAGUUGGUCAGAACCACUCGAGUUCUGUAGAAGGAAAUCGUGCGGUCAUCCAGGAGAGCUGGAGAAUGGCAGAAUGAAUGUCACAGAUAUGCUGUUUGGGUCAAUAGUCAACUUCUCGUGUGAGGAAGGGCACCGGUUGAUUGGAGACUCUUACAGACAAUGUGUUAUUUCUGGCAUACGUGUUGCAUGGAGUGGGGAUAUGCCCUUUUGUGAGCGUAUUCCGUGUUAUCCCCCUCCAGAAAUUCUGCAUGGAAAGCACAAUGGGGACUUAAUGGAUGAAUUCUCUUAUGGGUCAACUGUAACUUACACAUGUGAUAACGGUUACCCGCCGACUGGAGAGGCCUCUCUUUUAUGCACAACCGAGGAUGGACUAAACGGAGUGUGGCGUCCACGUGCCCCUCACUGUGGAGAGGUUAGAUGCCCAGCCCCACAGAUUGAGAAUGGAAGACGAGAACCUGGCGAGCGCCGUGUCUAUUCGUAUAAGGACAGCGUGACCUUUGAGUGCGAUCCUGGCUACACCAUGAAGGGUCACAGGGUGAGCCGGUGCCAGACAGAUCAGACGUGGGAUCCACCUGUGCCAGUCUGUGAGCGAGUUUCAGAGGUUCUCUGCACGGCCCCAGAAAUCCAGCAUGGAAGACAAGUAGCUGGACGUCAGUCUGUCUACAGACCCAGGGACAGGGUGAGGUUUGAAUGUGAUCCUGGCUACACCCUGGAUGGCAGCCGGCAGAUUGAGUGUGGAGAUGAUACAACCUGGCAUCCUCCUGUUCCAGUCUGCAUACAAUCCUUGCCAUGUCCCCCACCAGCGGCCAUUCGUCAUGGAAAGCACGAUGCUAAUUCUUUGGCAGCUUUCCUCAGUGGAACGUAUGUUAACUACAGCUGUGAGCCCGGCUACACCCUCCGAGGAGAGGCUUCUAUCUAUUGUACCACAUCUGGAACGUGGAGCCACCCCUCUCCUCUAUGUGAAGGUUGCCCCUCUCCUCCAAGUAUUAUCAGUGGGAAGAGCAAUGUCCAAAGCAUGGAAGACUUUGCUCAUGGGUCAUCUCUGACUCUCAGUUGUGAUGUGGGGUACAUUCUUAUUGGAGCAGCAACAAUGUAUUGUAUGCCUUCUGGGACUUGGGAUCCGCCUCCCCCUCGUUGUGAAGUUCAAAGUUCCUAUAACUUCAUCUCUAUAGAAGUUAUACUGGGGAUCACAGUGGGGUGCCUGUUGCUUCUCGUGGUUAUGAUCAUCAUCAUCAUCAGGAGGUUUGUGACCAAGCAGAAUGCAGGUUAUUACGAUCCACAUGAAAACCAUAUAUAUCAAAACCCCGGGACCCACAUUAUUGAACAAAAAACUUCAUUUGCAGCAUAGCAGAACUUCUCCUCUCUGAGAAGUGACUAAGCAAUCUGUCACAUGGAAGAGAUGGACCCAAUGCUGCUGAGCCUGCCUUGAUGAGAAAUUGCAAAGACAAGAUCCUGAACUUUCUCCUGAGCAUGAUUCCUUGACUGUCACAGCUGUUUUCUUUAAAAAUGUCUGUGUGCAUGUGCACAUGCAUGAAAGGAACCUUUAAUUUUGCAGAAUUGCUGGAUUAUAAAAUCAUGACUGCCAUCCCUAUCUCAUUUUAGUUGUACUUGCUCUUCAAAAACAGCACUUGAUACCCCUCGCACUAUAGUAGAGACUAUCCGCUUUUUUUUUUUUUUUUUUACAAACUUUUUAUAUUUAGAGGGGGUUAAAAAUUACAGACUAUGAUGAAAGUUUGCCAUCAGUAUUUUUUUCUUCUUGGAUUGCUUAUUUUAAAAUGACUUUAUAAGCCUGAAA